AUGGCUUUCAUGAACUUGGAUAGACAAAUCAUUGGUGGGAUUGUGCCCGCAAUAUUGACAAUCUCAAUCUUAGUGGGAAUGUGCUCUACACAAAUUGUUCCUGCUAUUUUUGUUUUCGGGGAUUCAUUGCUUGAUGCUGGAAAUAAUAACUACAUUUUAACACUCUCUAAGGCUAAUUAUGUCCCCAAUGGGAUUGAUUUUGGAAUGCCAACAGGACGAUUCACAAAUGGAAGAACAAUUACUGACAUUAUAGGUCAGGAAUUGGGCUUUAAAGACUUCACUCCACCAUACUUGGCUCCCACUACAACAGGAUCUGUGGUUCUGCAGGGUGUCAAUUAUGCUUCUGGUGCAAGCGGAAUUCUUAAUCACACUGGAAAGCUCUUUGGAGGCCGAAUAAACAUGGACGCGCAGAUAGAUAAUUUUGAAAACAGCAGGCAAGACAUUAUCUCAAGCAUUGGAGCUCCUGCAGCACUAACAUUGUUAGGAAAAGCAAUCUUCUUUGUUGCGAUGGGCUCAAAUGAUUUCAUCAAUAACUACCUGACACCUGUCAUCUCUGCUGCUGAGCAGAAGUUGAUCACUCCAGAAGUAUUUGUUGGUACCAUGAUUUUAAGAUUCAGGCUACAACUAACGAGGCUUUACAAUUUGGGUGCUAGGAAGAUUGUUGUUUCAAGUGUUGGACCCAUUGGGUGUAUACCUUUUGAAAGGGAUGCCAAUCCAGCUGCAGGGGACAACUGUGUUAGUUUGGCAAAUCAGUUGGCUCAAUUAUUCAAUGCUGAGCUGAAAAGCCUUAUCACAGACCUCAGCACUGAUCUUAAGGAAUCAAAAUUUGUCUAUGCAGAUUCUUAUAGCAUAUUAGAAGAUAUCCUGCAAAACUACAUUUCCUAUGGUUUUGAGAAUGCGAAUUCCGCAUGCUGCUAUCUUGCUGGGCGCUUUGGGGGUUUGAUUCCAUGUGGUCCUCACUCAAAAAUUUGUAGUGACAGAUCCAAGCAUGUGUUUUGGGACCCAUAUCAUCCUUCUGAAGCUACUAAUCUUCUCACUGCAAGGCGUCUCUUGGAUGGUGAUACCAAUGACAUUACACCUAUGAACAUUAGGCAACUUGCUCGAUUGUGACCCAAAGUCUAACGAUUUUAACGGGAUGCAUUCAAAGAUUGUUUUGAAAAGAGUUAGUAGGAGAUUAGUACUCUUUGAAUGACAAUAACUGGCGUAUUUUAUGGGAAUUUAUCAGAAAGAAUAAAUAGACAUGCCAUAA